AUGCUCACGAGCACCGGCACCAUCCUAUCCCAUCCUAUCCAGCAACACCCCCGUCCCAAUUCUCGACCGGUGGACUCGCCGGCGCAUGAACGAAUAACCCUUAGCUCCAGCUCUAGGAACCCAUCCGAGCCCAUUCUCUCAACCUCCCUCCCCCGCGCCCCGCGCCACCUGGAUCAAAGGUACAACUGCUUUAAGGCCCGGUCACCCCUCUCCGACCUCACCUCUUCAUGCCCUGGAGCCGCGGAUACGUGUAUUUGGCAGUUCUUCGUAAAUUUCACGUCAACGUCGUCACCAGCAAGAGCUCGUCCUCCAGCCUUGCCUUUACCCCAUGAUACCGAGGACAUCCGGACAUCUCUUCUGAUCCUAAGAGCUCUCGUCUUCCACAAGCAAGAGAUCCACCAGCAGCACAAGCUCACCGAGUGA